AUGACACCAAAUAUCACGUUUUCAAAUAAAAUUUCACGACUCGUACAAAUUGCACCUUCUUCCCAGAAAAAUCAUGCCUUAUCUAAAUCUGGACGAUAUCAGAGACGAUCCUUCGAUGACUUUCUUAUUGGCCUUUUGAGUAAAUCCUGUUAUUUUUCAGCUGGUCUCGGUGAUCCUUGCAAAGUUAACGAUAAUGAUUGUUGUAAGAACAAGUUUGGACGUCUGGUCCCGCUGAUCAUCAAUCAUCUCGGAAAUCCUCUGGUUAUACCAAGACUGAAAGCUGGAUAUGGCAAAGGUGUACUACAGUUGGAUCAGACGUUGGAGAACGUGAAAAUUGAAGGCUUAAAUAAGGCUACAGUUAAAGAUUCCAAGCUAGAUCUGGUGGCAGGUAAAUUAGUCUUGUUCCUCCACGCCAACGAGUUAAAACUGGUGACUAAAUACAACAUCAACGGAAGAUGUUUAGUUGUUCCACUUUGGGGAAGAGGAGACGCAACCAUCACAUUGAAAAACGUCGAUUUAGUGCUGGACAUAUCGAUCGGCCUGGACAACGGCAAGAUCAACAUGCACGGCUUGAAAAUCCCUAUCAAGGCAGGCAGUAUCCACUACAAGUUCAACAGUCUGUUCGGUGAGAACAGGAAGAAAAUCCUGACGCCACAGUUCGAGAAAGUAAUAAACGACAACGGCAUAUUGGUCCUGAACGAGGUAUUGCCUGAGUACUCGGUACAACUCGAGAAACACUUCGGCGUGGUGUUGAAGCCUGUUUUGGCAGAGAUACCACUGCAGGCCAUAUUGCUCCUCCCUGUAUUGUCCUAGAAAACCCAGAGAAAAUAGAUACUUGACAUGA